GACCCCGGCAGCCCGUGGGCCCUCGAGCCAGCCCGUUGCUAACGGCCGGGCGAUGGCGGCCGUGCCGGGCGGGCCCGCGUCCCCGGUGCGCUCGGUGGUGGCUUCGCCGCGACCCGUGAAGGCGCGGGCGGCCCGGGACGGCCCACGGCGGCGGCUGCAGCUGGGCCCGGGCGCGGGCCCCGACGAGCUGGAGGCGGUGCCCGAGGAGGACGAGGACGUGGAAGGGGAGGCGGCCGGGGAGGCGGCCGGGGAGGAGGCCGGGGAGGCGCGGCCGCUGCCCGCCGUGUGCCUGUCCCCCAUGCGGGGCAUGUGGCGCGACGAGAAGGUGGCGCUGUACUGCGACGAGGUGCUGCAGGGCUGCAAGGCCGAAGAUGCUGACGACGCCAUGAGCAAAUACCUCUCGGAGAAGCUGAAGUUUAAGGACAAGUGGCUGGGCGUGUGGAAGACGAACCCCGAGCUGUUCUUCGUGAAAUACGAGGAAGCGUCUAUCCCCUUUGUUGGCAUCCUGGUAGAGGUGACCUGCAAACCCUGCCACAGCUCGUCCUGUUGCUUCAAAGUCACCGUUUCCGUGGCCGAGCCCUUCUCGUCCAACAUUGCCAAUAUUCCCAGGAAACUCGUGGAUGAGAUUCUGAAGGAGCUAGAACACAGCGUCCCCCUGCUGGAGGUGUACCCCGUGGACGGGCAGGACACCCAGGAUAUCGCCUUGGCUCUGGAAGUUGUCAGAUUUUUUUAUGACUUUCUUUGGCGCGACUGGGAUGACGAAGAAAGUUGUGAGAAUUACACUGCUCUGAUUGAAGAGAGAAUUAAUUUGUGGUGUGAUAUUCAGGACGGGACCAUCCCCGGGCCGAUUGCACAGCGUUUUAAAAAGACUUUGGAUAAAUACAAGAACAAGCGCGUUGAGCUCAUUGAGUAUCAGAGCAACAUCAAGGAAGACCCCUCGGCGACGGAGGCCGUCGAAUGCUGGAAGAAAUACUACGAGAUCGUCAUGCUCUGCGGGUUACUGAAGAUGUGGGAAGAUCUUCGACUCCGAGUUCAUGGACCUUUCUUUCCAAGAAUUCUGAGGCGGAGAAAAGGAAAACGAGACUCUGGGAAGACGAUAACACAUAUUGUGGCAAAAGUGAUGACCACGGACAUGGUGAAGGACUUGUCUUCAGACACACUUCUCCAACAACACGAUGAUCUGGAUCUGGCCCUGGACAACUGCUACAGCGGCGACACUGUGGUCAUCUUCCCGGGAGAAUACCAAGCUGUCAAUCUGGCCCUGCUGACCGAUGACAUCGUGAUAAAAGGCGUGGGGAGGAGAGAGGAGAUCGUGAUCACAUCGGAGCCGUCCCACGACAGUUUCGUGGUGUCCAAGGCGGAGAACGUGAAGCUCGAGCACCUGUCGCUGAUCCAGCAGGGGACGGUGGACGGCAUCGUGGUGGUGGAGUCGGGCCACCUGACGCUGCAGGACUGCGUGCUCAAGUGUGAAGGGACGGGCGUGUGCGUGCUCACGGGCGCCGCGCUCACCGUCACGGACAGCGAGAUCACGGGCGCCCAGGGCGCGGGAGUCGAGCUGUACCCCGGAAGUACAGCCGUUCUGGAAAGGAAUGAGAUUCACCACUGCAAUAACCUCAGAACCACCGACAGCUCGAAGAGCACUGUCGGGGGAGUAAAUAUGAAGGUGCUCCCGGCCCCCAAGCUGAAGAUGACGCGCAACCACAUUUACAGCAACAACGGCUACGGCGUGAGCAUCCUCCAGCCCGCCGAGCAGUUCUUCGUCGUGUCCGAAGAGGCCCUGGACAAAGGGGUCGCUUCCGGCGAUAAGAAAGAGGCCAAGACGCUGGCCAAGGUGAUGCAGAACCUGAACCUGGAGAUGAAGAACAACAAGAUCGAGGCCAACCUCAAGGGUGACAUCAGGAUUGUCACGAGCUGA